AUGAACCCCGCCAACCCCGCGGUGACCCUGGACUCUCUACCUAACGAAGUAUUUGUACAAAUCUUAUCUGACUUCUCCACCCGGGAUCUUCUUCCUCUCACAUCCAUCAACCACCGAUUCCAUGCAUUAGUGCUACGAAUCCUUCAUUACCGCCUACUCCUUAAUACUCCACUGAAAGAGUACAAGCUACUUUUGGAAUGUUUUCACCCCAGCUCAAAACUCACCGAGCCACAUGUAUUCUGCAAGUACCUUGGUACAGAUGGGCUGAGCGAGCGCCAUGAUGGGACUGGCUCACUGUACGAGAAUGUCGAUACAGCACACCAAUUAGGUAGAGUGACGGCGUUAUAUUCGCGCUUUCGACCUCUAGUAGCCAACGAGGAAGAAGAAGAAGACGCAGAGAGGAUUGGAUCCCAUUUCGAUUUGACAGGUAGGAUGCUUCUUUUCUCGGGGGUGGGGUUCGUACGGGCUGACAAGAAUGGGGGCAAAGGCAACAAAGAUGAUGAGGUGAUACGGGAGGUCACGCUAGAUGGACAUGAGGAUUUUUCCCAAUUAUGUGUGGUUGCCAAUCUGGUGCAGGUCAGACCGGGGACCUCGUUGCUGUUGAGUGCGUUUACUAUUGAGGAUGGUUUUGUCCGGCUGUGGAGAGACUGGUUGCAUCACCAGAGCAGAAAAUUGAAGAAGGCUUCUGAAAUUGCCAGGGAAGAGAGUCAUGAAGAAAUCCAGAUACCACCUGACUCGGACGACAUUUUGUGGGCAGAUGUGGGCAAGACUGUUGGGUUGAAGUUGCGUGUUAGGCCAAAGUCUUGGAAUCCAUCUUUCCCCGUGUUGAUACACCAAGAUGAUCGGGAUGAUGAUGCUUGGGUUGGUUAUGAGGUGAUCUUGGAAGAAUUGCAUAUUCGUUCCACGCGUCUGCUUUUGGUCGUCGAGCAGUCAAAAGAAGAGCAACAGAGUCACCAAAAAAAUGCUAUUGUUAUUGGGGCACCGCCACCAGCCUAA